ACAAUCACUAUUGGGCUCAUGAGGAGGACCCAGUUAAGGUCGCUGGAAAGAGGCAUUUUGUGAAGCAAACUCACGCCCCUGCCGUUUUUCCUGACUUUCCGUCUCAGCUACGCUUGAGAGAGCCGCCGGCCGGCGCUAUUAAUUUGUGUUCUCCAAGAUGGAGGAGGUUUUGUGAUGUUCCCCAGCACUCAGAAGUGAUCCUUUUUCCGUCCGUGUCAGAUCAUUCCUCAGACACAGGGGCGGACAUCUUUUCUAAACCCUUUUGCCUGUGGGGGAAAUAAAGAACAACUUUAGGAUUUGGAUAUUAGUUUUUUUUGUGUGUGUGUUUUUCGCCACAGCCAUGAGCUCGGGGGAAGGGGCCGAGGAGGCGGCUAAGGACGCGGCCGAUAUAGCGACGGUCUUCAAAUCUGAUUGUGAGCUUUCAAAAUGUGAGCCCAAAGCUGACGUCUCCAAUCAAAUAACAGGAUUUCGCAGGAAUGAAGAGAUGAAGGCGAUGGAAGUUUUGCCCAUUUUAAAAGAAAAAGUGGCCUUCUUGUCAGGGGGCAGGGACAAGCGUGGCGGUCCAGUUUUAACAUUCCCAUCACGAACCAACCAUGACCGAAUACGACACGAGGAUCUCCGCAGACUCAUCGCCUACCUCGCCGGCAUCCCUAGCGAGGACGUGUGCAAACAUGGCUUCACGGUCAUCGUGGACAUGCGUGGCUCCAAAUGGGAUUCCAUCAAGCCUCUGCUGAAGAUCCUGCAGGAAUCGUUUCCCUGCUGCAUCCACGUCGCCCUCAUCAUCAAACCAGAUAACUUCUGGCAAAAACAGAGGACCAACUUUGGCAGCUCCAAGUUUGAGUUUGAGGUAUGGUCAUCUUUCAGUCUCUUACUUGUAGGGUUGUGUUGA